AAGUAAACGGGGAAGGACAAUUACUGGCCGACAUGAUGAAAGCGUACUGCGAGCUCACACAAAGACAAAGGCAUUCACUACCAGGGAAACUAUUGUCUCCCACAGUGAGCUCAAUGUGACUUCUAUCCGCAGUGGUGGUUGACACAAGGGGGCUAAUCUCCUGAGCUGACCAGGCACAGCACAUAAACAUGCUGCCGCCAAGGCUCAGAGCAGCAGCAAACUACGUUGGAUCUCCUGUAUUUACACACCUCUCCGACGGACUGGAGGAUUUUGUUUAGGGAAAACAGGAAAACCAGAUAGAGGAAAGAAGAAAAAGAAGGAAGCAAGAGUAACAAGAGCAAGAGUGAACAAGAGCAACUGAGAGAAUCGAACCAAGAAUCGAGGUUAAGAAAGAGAGAAAGCUAUGGGAAAAAAGGACCAAUGGAGAAACAAAAAGAAAGCAAGGGAGGCAGAGAGGUACAGAGUGAGCGUGGUGGGAAAUAAUGAGAAAAGGGAGGAGACUGAGGACGUGAAGCAUGAGUGGUUGCUAUGAGUCUCUCUCGCUCUCACGCUUUCCCUCAUCCUGUCUCAUGGGGAAAGUAUCUGAGCAGCCAAACCCGCGACGAACAGAGAACAGCACACCGAUUCCACCGCAGCAGCAAUACAGCGACACAAACAGAAAGCAGGUCUUAAGGCACAGAUCUCCAAACCGAAUGGCAGUCAUGACUCUGCUCUCCCUCAGGCAGUGCGUGUUUGGCUGAGGUCAUGCUGGAACAGACUCUCCAGAGCGGCGGCAUUCUUUAAUGUUUAACUCCUUCUGAUGAUAAUAGAACUGGACUCUGCAGGAGCUGAAAGGUGGUACUACAUCAUCUGGUCAGUUUGAUGCUGGACUAUUAUGCUCCAGCUCGAGAGCGCCAAGUGCAGUUUUCUCUUAUGCCUCGGAAUCUGCAUAUUUAUUUGCUCUGUCAUCUAUAUCAAGGCCAAGAACUCAGAUACACCCAAGGCACAGGGCCACAGCCUCAGCUGCCACCCGUUCCCUGAUGACUGCCAAGUUCUGCCACCCAGUUCAUCUUCCACAAGAUGGCAAAGAUCGGCAUGUCAGGAGGUCAGCAACUUCGAGAGUCCUCUCAACUGCUCCUGGAUACAAACUGAACUUCACUUCAUUAUGGAGCCUCUAAGCAGAGAAGAAAAAGACUACCCAUUGGCCUUCAUCAUCACCAUCCACAAAGAAUUUGAAGUGUUUGUGCGCCUGCUGAGAGCCAUCUACACACCUCAGAAUGUGUACUGCAUUCACGUAGACCUCAAUGCUCCACCAGGUUACAAAGCAAGUGUCAAAAGCUUGGCUGGGUGUUUCCCCAACAUCUUUCUGGCUUCAGUGAGCGAGAGGGUGACCUACGCUGGCUUUUCUCGGCUACAGGCUGACAUCAACUGUAUGCAGGACCUAGUAAGGUCUCCAGUCAAAUGGAGAAAGGUCAUAAACCUAUGUGGCCAAGAUUUCCCCACCAUGAGCAACUUGGAACUCGUUCAAUACAUGCAAGGAGCAGAAUGGAGGGACAUAAAUAUGACUCCAGGGAUCAAACAGCCAACCUCUAUGCAACACAGGACGAAAAAGCAGCAUGUGGAGAUCAAAGGUGCCUAUGUGGUGCCCAAGGGUAUCACAAAGAACCCUGCACCACAUAAGUUGCAAAUCUACUUUGGCACAGCCUACUAUGCACUGACGAGAACAUUCGUGGAGUAUGUUCUCAACAGCUCAGUGGCUAAGGACCUGUUAGAGUGGUCUAAGGACACAUACAGCCCUGAUGAGCAUUACUGGGUAACCCUUAACCAUGUGAAGGAUGCUCCAGGCAGUAAUAUACAAGGUGGUUGGGAAGGGAAUAUUCGAGCCAUUAAAUGGAGGGACCAACAAGGAACAGCACACCAUGGCUGUAACGGACGCUACGUUAGGGACAUCUGCGUAUACGCUAUUGAGGACUUACCCUGGAUAAUCAAGAAGAACAGCAUGUUUGCUAAUAAGUUUGAGAGCAAUAGCUUCCCUGAGGCCCUGGACUGCCUGGAACAGUGGCAUAGGCACAAAGUCCUUCAACAAGCAACAGUUCCCAUUAAGUCAUCAUGGCAGCUUGCUGUGGAAGCACCAAAGACAAAGUUUAAGAAAAGGGCAUCAACUAAAUAUAAGCCAGACUAAAAUGAAAAACGUUGGAACUGGAUACAAUAUAUAGAAAUAUGCCCUAUUCCUGUAUUUAUUUUAAAAAGGUUCAUAAGAACCACUACUUUAGAGAACUAUGGGCCUCAUUCACCAACAUCUUCCCUUUUCUUAAUUUGUUCUUGAGAAAAUCCUAAGAUUGUCAGAUUCAUGAUGUGUUCUUAAAGCACAGAACUGUUCAAACCUUUGCACUCUUGAGUGUGUGUAGAUUCUGUUCUUACCCAAGAACAAAUCUCAAAUAAGAAACCACUGGCAAACAUUAGAAUGUUUAUAAAAACUGUGUGUGUGUUUUAAGACAAUAUUUCUUCUUAAGCAUGCUUGGUGAAUGAAGCCUGAUAUUUAUUGCACUGUUGAAUUCAUGCUGUUUAACUGUAUGUAGCUGUUAUGCUGUAUAUUGCGGAAAUGAGAAUAUGGUGCCACUGAAAACUUUUUACUUCUUACAGACUCUGUUUUGA